AUGGUUUCCGCGAUCUCCCUAACACGCUUGCUCUCCGGGUUGGCCCUCCUGCCGGCCGUCGCUCUCUCCACACCGCUCACUCUAUCAAACCUCAAGAGACAAGACGACCCUAUUCCAAACAGAUUCGUCACCGACACGACAGACGCCUUUUCAUCCGGCGACUAUGGCGACAUCACCUUAACGAACUCUACGUGCGAACUCAUUACGAUUGAAGGUCCUUUUGGGAGCAUUCAGUCGUAUCAGACAGGGUUUGAGGGUGCUCGGGUCAUGAACUUGACUUCCGCUGGCGGAAACCGCACUUUGCUUCACAACUCUGGCACAGACACCAGUGAUCACUGGAGGGCCUUCCGCGGCAAGGAUGCUGUCGUCUUCGGGAAUAAUGAGCGCGUCACAGAGUUUGCCUUCCAAGACAGAGGUGAAGGCCUCUAUGCCGGCUUUAAGAUCGUCACGGAUACUGGCAGGACCCAGUACGACACGAACUACGCAGCCUCCGACCCGAGCAUGUACCCGCCGUGGCUGAAUGUCCCCGUCGGCUCCGGAAUCCUCGCCCGCAUCCGCGUCUACUACUGUGAAAACGGCAUGGUGGGCCGCUUGGGCGUCGAUUUUAUCAACGACAUCGAAUCUGUUUCCAUCACCAAGAUCGAGUUCAACGGGUUCACGAAUAAUAUUAUGCCGGCCGGUAAAGGAGAGACAAUUUCCGUCGGUUCCCAGAUUCUCGAUGCCCGCAACUCGAGCACUGAGCAGUGGACGACUCUCAUGACAACCGAUGCUGUCACCAAGUCUCACUCUAUCAACGUCGGCAAGACAUGGUACGUAGGCGGCAAGGUUGGCCUUGAGGCCGAGGCAGGAAUUCCCUUCAUCGGAAAGUCCAAGGUUUCGACCGAGUUCAACUGGCAAGUAGGCGGUACCAGCAAUGAAGAAGAUCUAGAAUCUGAAACCAUCACCAAGUCAUCCACCGUCCAUCUCAAGUGCCCCGGUGGCAAAUACUGUGUCGGCACGUCCUUUUAUACCAACUUCAAGAUGAACGUUGACGUCGUGGCGACGUUUCGGGCUAAGACGAAAGCCGGGGCAGAAUACUUCUGGAAGCAGAAGGGUUCCUACAACGGCGCGGAUUCCCUCGCACUGCAACUGACAGUCGACGAGACAGAGGAGCCCCCUGCUCCUGUCCGUCGGUCUGCGGUGGCGCGGAAAUCCUAA